AACAAUGAAAACGUUCCAAACAGCAAGAAGAAGGAGAGACACGGGUCUUCAAGACCAAACUGGUACUCCUGAUUCUCUCAGCCGAGAGAAUGCUAGCCUUCGACAAGACAACGAAGGACUCCAUAAAAUUGUGGAAGGCCUUCGUAAAACUAUAGAAACGUUUAGAAAUAGAAAGUCUAAACGGAUCCAAAAGGAAAAAGAGGACCUUUUAGUAGAAAAUCACUUUCUACGUGAAAAAAUCACUUCACUGCAAGAGGAAAAUCAGAAAUUGGUUCUCAAUUUUAAUGAAAAAUUCAACAACCAACUGGAACAUCUGAAAAAACAACACAAAGUCAUGGAAGAACAAAGUCUUAAACUCCAGAACGUUAAAGUGGACUUUGAGAAGGAGAGGGAAGACAAUGAGUUACUUCAUGACCAAGUUGGGGAUCUGAAGAGAAAACUUGCCUUUUGUAACAACAAGUUAUCUCAGAAAACCGAGAAAGUUGGAGAACUAGAGGAGAAACUGGAAGAACAGACUCUGGAGCUCCAAGCCACACGUUUUAAACUCGACGGUUCUGAAUAUGAGUGUAGGUUCCUGCGCGAUUUAAACAGCUCCCUCUCUGAAAAAAACAAAGACUUUGAAGAGAAACUCAAACACACUACCAUAGACCUGGAGAAGAGUCGAGAGAACGUGGAAAUUCAGAAAAUAGCUUUGGAUCAAAGCAUUUUGGACGUCCAUUAUGCCUGUGAGAAAAUUAGCAGCCUUGAAUGCCAAACUGAGGAGUUUAUAGAAGUUGCUAGCGCUCUGGUUGAGGAUAAUGAAUGCUUGGAGGAGAAUGUUGAGCAUUUAACGGAGAAACUUACAACAAACCAGGUCCUAAAUCAAGUCCUUCAUGAACAAGUCCUGUAUCUAAAAGCUAAACACACAGAAUCUGAUAAGUUAGUCCAGGCAGAGGAGUGUUUGUCUCGGUCAGAGAACCAAGUGAAGAAAGACUUAAAUCUGAAACCCAAGCAUCAGAAGAAGAAACUUUUCCAAACCUUUAAAAAGAAAUGUAGCUCUCUCAUUAAGAAGUCUGGAUAACAAAGACACUGGAUGUGGACGAGCUGCCAGAAGCACGUGGGGAUGGGUGGUAACACAAAACCUGUUGGGGUCAGACAUGCGGUCAGGAGGUGUUUCUAUCUAGGAUCUACUCCGUCCACCAUGGAGUAUAAAAAAAUGCAGCACACGGAUUAUCUCAGAGGAAAAAGAUCACCCGAUCAAUUUAUUUCUGUCUUUGUGCUGCAUGGGGGGUUUUCUCUGGGUGGUCGAGUUCACCCCCCACCCACAUUUCUAAAUCCCUGACACAUUAUACCCUGAUGGAUCUGCUCAGCUCUUCAGUAACCAGCUUUUAAACAGCAUUUGUGCCAGAAAGCUCAUUUAUCUAGUUAUUCUACUGACAUAUUUACACCACACAGUAAUAAGUAGGCACAUAACUUGAAAAAAGGUCAUAGAAUUGAACAAGCAUCAUACACCCUUUUGGGGGUUAGGGUUAGAGAGCUUUACAAAAGUCGAGGUAAGCUAAUUCUUUUACAUUUAUGCAACAGUAAUGCCUCUUCAAGACCUUUUAUCUUCCUGUCAUCCUCCAGUCAUCCAACUGGAACCAGUUAGUGUUGCUGAUCAUCUCUUUAGUCCCGUCCCCCUUUAACACUCAGGCGUUAAAAAAGUUUAAGUCCUCCAUCAUAUUUGUGCCUGUUCUAGUCUCAUUUUUAAGGAUUUUUAUUUCUAGAUAUGCUUUUACUACAUUAUGAGAAAUAGAAAUGCUAAAUAAAACACCCAAUUAUACAAACAAGUGAAACUGAAAAAAAUUGAAUAUGGUGCAAAAGUCCAUUUAUCUCAGUAAUUCAACACAGAGACAAUUUAAAGGGCCAGGAACCAGUUUCAGGUGUUUUCUAUUUGCACUUAUUAAUCUAUGUUGAUUUGUGACUUGUUUCAUAUCACAAAGUGACAUUUGAAAAAUUAAAAUGCAUUUUUUACAAAUGAAGCUUGAGUUUACAGUAUUAAUAUCCAUGUCUAGUGUUUGAUUCUCUGCCUGAUUAUUUUUAAUUUAAAAAUUUGCUUUGAGCGCACAUUUGCCUGAAUGAUUAAGAUGUGAUUAAUUAGAUUAAUUAAUUACAAAACCUCUAAUUCAUUAGAUUAAUUUUUUA